CUUUGCAUCUUACAGCUUCUCCAGAUACCCCGUUGUGAUCGCCAUUACUCAUCCCCCCCAUUUCUCGUCCCGUAUCUCGUCCUCGUUGAUCCACGCCGCUUGCUCAGCGUCGCGCGCUGUCAUGACCACCACUCGCAUUGGCGUCAUCGCCGCCAUUGUGCUGGGACUGGCUCAACUAGUCGUUGCCCAGUCGCAAUGCCAGUGUGGUUAUAGAGACCCAACGACCGGCGCGCUAUGGACCGACGCCAUCAUCACCUACUUUAAUGAAACGGACGCAGCAUCACAAGUCAUCUCGUCACCAGCCUCAUCACCCGACGUCCAAGGCGCAGGUGCACCCGGCAACACGGGUGCCGCGACAGACUCUGCGCCUUGGUCAGUCUACGACCACUUGAACGCAUACAACGAAGGAUACGGCAUAGACUGGCGAACAGGCUUCCGAUCCAACAACUCAUACACGACGGUAGAUGGCAACUUCUCGUCCCAAGUCAUGCAGCUCGCCGUUUUGCCCGCCGACUUGCGUCAUCGCAUCACAUGGGGAGCAGGCCUCGUCUCUCGUCGCAGAGACAUCCUCUUCGGAUCGUUCCGCACUAGCGUGCUCCCAUCACCAUCGUCCAACGAGGGGACCUUCCUUCGCAUGGGUGUGCGAUACGACGACUACGACUACGUUGAGACGUCCCUCGCUGCGUCCUACAACGCCACGCUGACGUGGGAAUGGGCAGCCAAGGGACAGGAUCAGAUCCAAGGAUCGUCGCAGGCAGUCCAGCAGAUCCUCUGGCAGGGGAUUGGGUGGAACGCUCAACACAAUUUUACAGAGCAUCGCAUGGAGUGGCAGAACCCUCAGGUGGGCUGGUUUACAAACAAUGGUGAUUGGACAAACAAUGGCACGUCUGGCGCAACGAUUGCUGCGGGCGCUAGCAAUGUCACCUCGCCUCUCCCAUCGUACGGUGGGCCCUUUGCGUACCGCCACUAUUCGGAGGGAUUCAAAGGCAUCGGCCAAGCGCCGCCCGAGGGCUUCCAACUGAAUGCCGAGCUUCUCUACGCUCGCCUCUUCUUCAACUCGUCGCUUCCAUCGAGGAGCGCGGAAUUCGACUCGGGUUGCGCCGCUGGUCCCACGCCAGAGUGCAACACGGACGAUCUCACACUCAGAGGGAGCACGGCAUUCAGCGCGGCGGCUCUGCAAUCGCCUGAACGUCCUACGUCUUCGUACUCGACGCCAUCAUGGGCAGUCGCACUCGCAGUUGCAUCCGCAGCCGUAUUUGCCGCCCUUGUCAUCCAUGGUCUCGUCAACUGGGCUGUCCACUCUGCGUCAUCGCGAGGGAAAUACGAGUCGGCAGGGACGGGAGCUGGAGUACCUCUCAGCCCUCGACCAGGCCAAGGGCCAAUGACGAGCGGCAACACGACGAUGGAGGAAGAAGGAGGUGCGGGAGCUCACUGGAACUACCCGGCAGCCCUCUUGGCCGCACAGAAUCGCGAAGAGGGCGCAGACGAGAGCGGGGAUGAGUACGAAGAGCACGAUGAUCCGCUGCGACCUUGGCCGCUUCCGGAAAAGGGACCAGGCAGUAGCAGCGCAGACGAAUAUGCCAAGACGGCGACAGGUGGUGGCGCGACUGCAAAGGAAGCAGAGGGGAACGUGGCACCCGCCAGCGGCGAGGCUACUCUUUCGCCGACGGAAGACUCGCAGCGUCAAGGAUCGGUGGCCAGCAUGGACAGUCAAGCAUUCAAGGAAUGGCGUCGCGACUCUUCCAAAGCUCACCUCCUCUCCCCCUCUUCGCCAUCGUCCUCGAGCAACAAGCUGCCUUGGUCUAACUCGCGCAACGCUUACGGCGCCUCACCACUCGCCAAUGUCGCGCGACUCAAUGCAGAUGAGGAAAACGACGAUGACUCCGGAUUCGUGCGAUGGGAGCAAGCGCCAGGUCGUAGACGUGGCCUCGCUCGUCCAGUCGCAGGCAAGGCUGCACUCAGGCCAGCAAAGGGACCCAAAAAGCCGCGCCUCGGCCCCAUUGCGUGGGUGAAGGAGAACCUCUUCAUUGGCGAGGGUGGCGGAGGCAAGACGGCAUCGGGCGCGGCUCGCGUCGAAUAUCUCGAUGGCCUGCGCGGCUUUGCCUGCUUCUUGGUCUCGUUCCACCACUUCAUGCUCAUCUUCUACUUUGGCCAAACGACGCCUACAGCCUUUAUGCACUACGUCGGCUUCGAGACGUGGUUCCGCUACAUCCUUGGGCCCAUCCUGACCAACGGUGGCUUGAACGUCGGCAUCUUCUUCUGCCUCGCCGCGCGCGUCAUUGCCAAUCGCUACCUCGUGCGCGGUAAGCUGCAGGACCUCGCCGAGGCCAUCUUCCGCCGUGUGCCCCGACUUAUGGUGCCCAUCACCGCUGCGCUCAUUCUCAACUACUUCCUCAUCGAGGUGGGCGCCUUCCACUGGGUCACGCGCUUGCAGUCCGUGACUUGGUCGCCGUGGAGCUACUACACCAACUACACCAACCUCGGCGUCUUCAUCGACGACUGGAUGGGCCUAUGGUUCACCGAACCCCCCAACACGCCGCCGCAGAUUUCCCUCUAUGCCACCGGUAUCCUUUGGACUGUCCCGCUCAUCGUGCAGUACAGCUGGACCGUCUUCCUCUGCGCGCUAGUAGCCCGCGAGAUCGUCAACCCGAUCAAGCGCUACACGUUCUACGCUCUCUGCUGGCUCUGCUCGUGGUACGCGGGUCGAUUCGAGUACUUUUUUAUCGCGGGAUUGAUCAUUGCCGACCUGGACAAUCGCCUCAAGUAUCGCGAGAAGGCAGCCAAGGGCAUCCCGCUCUUUGGUGGCGUACGCAUGCCUGGACAGUUCAUCGCCUGGGCCAUCUUCCUCGUCGGCGCAAUCUUCACCUGGCUCAACUUCAUCGGCGGGCCCGCAGCGGACGUCUUCCUGCAAGAGUACGGCAUCCACCCGUCGUGGGAUUCGGCUGAGCCCAACAGCAAGAACACCGAUUUCGAGAGCACGGGCAUCCCUUACACGUCUCCGGAGCUUUUUGCCUUCUUCUUCGUCAUCGGCUUCUUUCUGCUCUGUGACCUCUGCACGUCGUUCCGCACCUUCUUUCAGCUGCGGUUCUGGAGCGUCUUUGGGCGAAACGCCUUUUCGCUUUACCUGCUACACGGCGUCAUCUUUUGGUCUUGGGGUGCAUGGCUCGUCAUCGAGCUGGUCCACAAGGGCGUCGAGUAUUGGGCAGCGGUACUCGUCGUCUUUUUCACGUCGUACAUCAUGCUCGGCAUCCUGUGCGAGGCGUUUACGAGGACCUUUGAUUCGUGGGGGAUCGGGCUCUCCAAGUCGCUCUGGCGCGAGUGCUCGAACGGACUCGGUAGGAGGGCAUAGCGUAGAGAUUGCAUCGCAUUGCAGCGCAGCACAGGUACAUGGACUCUUCUUUAUCGUUACGGACAUUC